GGAGCCAGGCACAUGGGGGGGCUCUCUGGAAGAACAGGGGACCAAGCGGGAAGCUCAGUGGGUUUAAGAGCCCCGAGAACCAUAAUCAGGAAUUCCUUCAAAGUCAGAGGCGCUGAGCUCGGUGGAGAUCUGGAGGGGGGGCACCCAGGACCGCAGGGGCCGAACGGAUUCCCCGGACCCAAAGGACCCCCGGGCCCCCCCGGGAAGGAUGGGAUGCCUGGCCACCCGGGACAGCGGGGAGAAGUGGGACUGCAAGGCAAGGCUGGACCCCCAGGCGGCCCGGGCAUCGUGGGGCCACAGGGGCCUGCGGGAGAAACAGGCCAGAUGGGGGAGAGGGGCCACUCGGGCCCCCCCGGACCGCCGGGAGAACAAGGCCUGCUAGGGCCCUCCGGGAAAGAAGGUACCAAGGGCGACCCCGGACCUGUCGGGAGCCCAGGGAAGGACGGUCCAGCAGGGCUGCGCGGCUUCCCCGGAGAGCGCGGCCUUCCUGGCACAGCCGGGGGCCCCGGACUUAAAGGCAACGAGGGACCUGCCGGCCCCCCUGGACCUGCAGGAUCUCUCGGGGAGAGGGGGCUAUCAGGAUCAGGAGGCCCUGUUGGGCCCCCAGGCAGACCGGGCCCCCAAGGGCCACCUGGACCAGCUGGAGAGAAGGGCGUGCCUGGUGAAAAAGGGCCCCUUGGCCCCUCUGGCCGUGAUGGUGCCCAGGGCCCCAUUGGGCUGCCUGGCCCCGCAGGACCACCUGGGGGCCCAGGCGAGGAUGGCGAUAAGGGAGAAGUGGGUGACCCGGGUCGCAAGGGCCCCAAGGGGGGCAAAGGUGAACAGGGUCCCCCCGGCCCCCCUGGCCCGCUCGGUUCUCUUGGGCAGCCGGGCGCUGCGGGUGCUGAUGGGGAGCCUGGAGCAAGGGGCCCCCAGGGCCAUUUUGGGGCAAAGGGGGACGAUGGCACGCGAGGAUUCAACGGGGCACCAGGACCGAUUGGCUUGCAGGGGCUGCCCGGACCAGCCGGGGAGAAGGGGGAAACUGGGGACGGGGGCCCCCUGGGACCUCCGGGGCCCCCAGGACCACGGGGCCCAGCCGGGCCCUCUGGAGCUGAUGGUCCACAAGGCCCCCCAGGAGGGAUCGGAAACUUGGGUCCCUCAGGACAAAAGGGUGAGCCAGGAGAGCAGGGAGGACCCGGAGUCCCCGGAGAGCUGGGCCCGAAGGGCCCACGGGGUGAACAAGGAGAGAAAGGGGAAGCCGGAAGCCCUGGUGUGGCUGGCCCCCCUGGAGGAAAAGGCCCCCCUGGAGACGAUGGCCCCAAGGGGACCCCUGGGCCAGUCGGUUUCCCUGGAGACCCCGGACCCCCUGGGGGAAUCGGGCCCCGGGGCCCAGACGGAGCCAAAGGCGAGCAAGGAGAAGAUGGCGAACCUGGAGAGGCGGGGUCUCCAGGCCCAACUGGCGAGGGUGGUCCUCCUGGGCCACUCGGGAAGAGGGGCCCCGCAGGAGCCCCUGGCCCCGAGGGACGGCAGGGGGAGAAGGGCAAGAAGGGGGAAUCAGGCACCCUCGGACCCCCUGGCAAAACUGGGCCCGUGGGACCCCAGGGGACUCCUGGGAAACCCGGAACGGAUGGCUUGAGAGGCGUUCCUGGAUCGGUGGGGGCCCAAGGCAAACCUGGGGCCACGGGCCAGGCUGGGCCUCCAGGACCUGUGGGCCCCCCCGGACUGCCCGGGCUGAAGGGCGAGACCGGACCCAAAGGAGAGAAGGGACACCCGGGCCUCAUCGGCUUGAUUGGACCAGCGGGGGAGCAAGGGGAGAAGGGGGACCGGGGGCCCCCAGGCCCCUCAGGCAGCGGGGGAUCUAAAGGAGAACCCGGAAUCGCUGGACCAACUGGCCCUCUUGGCCCCACAGGGCCCCCUGGACUUCCUGGUCCACCCGGUCCCCAGGGCGCCAAAGGAGCCAUGGGUGAAGCGGGACCCAAAGGACAGCGGGGCGUCCCCGGCCCCCCCGGGAACCCGGGUCCCCCAGGCGAAGCGAUCCAGCCGCUGCCCAUCCAGCAUCCCAGGAAGAGCAGGCGCUCGGUGGAUGGCAGCCAGCUGGUGCCGGAGGAGGAGAUGGCAGCGGACGCGGCAGGGCAGCCAGCUGCCCAACGCAUCGAGGAGAUCUACGGCUCCCUCGACUCUCUCCGCCAGGAAAUCGAGGGCAUGCGGAAGCCACUGGGCACCGCCGAGAGCCCCGCCCGCACCUGCCAGGACCUCCAGCUGGGCCAGCCCGGACUGCCGGACGGUGAAUACUGGAUUGACCCCAAUCAGGGUUGCUCCCGCGACUCCUUCAGGGUCUAUUGCAACUUCACGGCAGGGGGCGAGACCUGCGUGUUCCCCAGCCCGGAAGCUCGAGAGGUGCCGAUGGCCGCGUGGGAGGAGGAGACGCCGCCGAGCUGGUUCAGCCAGUUCCAGCAGGGCCGUCGGUUCUCCUACGUGGACGCAGACGGGCGCCCGCUGGGCGUGGUGCAGCUCUCCUUCCUGCGCCUGCUGAGCACCUUCGCCCGGCAGAACUUCACCUACCACUGCGAGCACUCGGCCGCUUGGCACAGGCACGGCUCCCCCGUGGGGGGCUACCAGCAUGCCCUGCGCUUCCGGGGGGCCAACGAAGAAGACCUGAGCUAUGACAACAGUCCCUACAUCAAGGCCCUGGCAGAUGGCUGCGCGGCACGGAAAGCGGCUGGCCAGACCAUUCUCGAGGUCAACACGCCCCAGGUGGAGCACCUGCCCUUGCUGGACGUGCACGUGACGGACUUCGGUGACCCCAGGCAGCGCUUCGGCUUUGAAGUGGGGCCCACCUGCUUCCUUGGCUAGAGCAGGGCCCCAGUGCAGCGGCCAGGCCCCCCGAGAAGGACCUUCCUGGUGCCCACCAAGCGAUGGAGGCCACGGGGGGCAGGAGCAGCCAGAGGCCCAGGAGCUGGGGAGAGAUCCAUCCCAUUGAACUGGGCGCAGAGACCGAGGGGACCUCGCCAGCCCCCAUGGGGGCAGUUCUCCCUCCAGUGGUGCUGGGCCUCCCUCUGCUGGAUUCUCCACAGGACUCUGACCUCCCUCCCCAGAUGCGCCCCAUCCUGCUUCAUUGCUUCCCUCCCUCCACGCUGACGGGAAAGACCCCCCCCCGCCAGCAUCUGGAUGACCCCCCCAUCCCACUAAACUUCUCCUGAGCCCCAUCUACUUCAGUGCUUUCCAGCCCCCCUCCCCCGAUGCCAGCGUUGUGCUUGCCUCUUCCCCUUGAAAUGGGGGCAGGCUUGGAAAUGAGCUGGGGGGCAGUUAUGUCCUUUCGCACAGCACCCAAGAAUGCCCCCCCAUUUCUCUCUUCUUCCACUCCAUCCUCCCUCCUUUAACCUGCACAAAAGUAACUGGUCUCUUCUUUAAAAAAAAAGUCAAAAGAAGAAGGAGGA